AAUCGGUUGCCGAUUUCUCUGCGUUUAUUGCCCUGUUGUCAUUCAAUUUGUUAGUUUUUGAAUUUUGCCCUUGUUUUACGGUCAUGCUGCAAGUGUCAGCAUGUUGCAUGAGGCACGCCCAUAUUGAAACCUGCCAAUUUUUCUUGUCCUAGAAGGCAAUGAAUCGAAGGGACUACCUCACAGUCGUCGGUGCACCGGCAACUCUUAAGUCCAGACUCUGCUUACUCCUCGGAAUAAAGAAUAAUGAGCACAGCGGACUUUAGCUCAUAAUUUCGAAACUUUCAAAGCCCUACAUAAACAAUACGUUAUGUGUGCCCAUUGCUCAUUUCGUACUCUCUUGAUGUUGACUAUAUUCAGAACGCAAUGAUGGCGAGUACAACAUCUUUACUAUGGCUCAUUACUGGAUGCUCAUCUGGCUUUGGCUUCCAGCUCUUUUUAGUAGCACUAAAAGCUGGUCAUAAAGUCAUUGCUACAUCUCGCAACCCAUCCAAGGAUUUGGAUCUUGUCCAGCAAAUCGAAAAGCUGGGAGGUAUAUGGUUAGCCCUUGACGUCAAUUCCGGGGAAGCAGAGAUCGAUCAAUUGGUUGAGAUGAGCUGCGAGAUUUACGGAAAGAUCGACAUUCUAGUCAAUAAUGCCGGAGUCAGAAUCUUGGGGGCAAUGGAAGAUAUGAGGCAUGGCUAUGACCGAUUGUCUUUAACCAUUCAGCGCACUGACUUUUCUGUAGUUACGAAGAAACCCGAGAUAUAAUGGAGACCAACUUUUUUGGUCCAUUCAAGAUCAUAAAAUCUAUUCUUCCAUACAUGAGGAGCCAGAAAUCGGGGACAAUAGUCAAUAUUUCAAGCGCGGCCGGCUUACAACCACGACCGUCAAUGAGCAUAUAUGGGGCCUCCAAGUGGGCUCUGGAAGGUAUCGUACUCCGUUCAUCAAGAUACCUGCUCCCUAAUUUAACAAGAUAUUCAGGAAUGUCUGAAGGGCUUGCAAAAGAAGUAGCUCCUUUCGAAAUCCGCGUAUUGAUUGUCCAACCUGGCGCUUUUACAACCAAUAUGAUGGACGCAGUUCAUAUGACCGAAAAGCCGCUUUCGGAUGUCUACAAGAAUACUCAAGUUGGAGAAUUCGUCGGCGCUUUCGGAGAAAACGCAACUUUUGCUGCGCCAAACGAUGUCGAGAAAGGAUGUCAAGCUAUUUUUAAGGUUAUUACUAGCACCGGACGAGGCGCCAAUAAAGUAAAUUAUAUCAGAAUGCCUCUUAGUAAGGGUUGUGCUCAGAGAACUCGCGAACACAUUAAGGUUUUGCAGGAGGGUCAUGAUGUAUUUAGAGAUAUUUGGGAGAGUACCGAACAUGAUGGUGGUGUCUUGAAGGCUUUUCAAGGAUGAGUUAGUGAAGGGCUAACUGAUUACUUGGAAUUCAUAGGUGCCAAUGCGUACACAAGUCUAAAGUAGGACAAGUUUCCAGACUGACAGUACUUAUCCGGAUCUACGGAUUUACGUUUAGUUGAGGCAAAUGCUACAAAAUAAAGAAAACGUUCUUCG